GAAAGCUUCCCUCCAAAUACUGAUUCUUGCCAAAAGAAGUGCGGCUCCAACUCUACUGAAUAAUAUAAGUACAGUCCAAGCCUCCAAAUUUGUCUGAAACCCGUUGCUGAUUUUUCCUCCUCUCAAAACUCCUCCAACCACCAAACUUUAUUGUCCUUUUUCCCCCUCUUGAUUCUUCCAUCUCCAACGGAAUCAAGCUUCAUAAUAAGAGGGGCUUUGUCUUAAAAUCAUACAUUUUUUUGAUUAGCUAUUUAGCACAAUUUUUUCAGAUUCUGGAGGGGAAAAGGUUCAGACUUUGGAGAUAAAAUGGCGACUGGAGCAGUUCCGGCUUCUUUUACAGGUCUAAAGAGCAGGGAAAAUGGACUGGGUUUUGCAAAAAGCAUGGAGUUUGUUAGAGUUUCCAACACUCAAAGGGUUAAAUUUCGUCGAACCAAGGUUUCCGUAAUAAAAAAUUCAAAUCCUGGACAGGAAAUUGUUGAGCUUCAGCCUGCAUCAGAAGGGAGUCCACUAUUAGUUCCUAGACAAAAAUAUUGUGAGUCUGUGCACAAAACUAUUAGGAGAAAAAAUCGCACAGUGAUGGUUGGCAACGUGGCUCUCGGUAGUGAGCAUCCUAUACGAGUUCAAACCAUGACUACAACAGACACUAAAGAUGUUGCUGGAACAGUUGAACAGGUGGUGGGCGUGGACGUGGCUUGUAGUUCUUUAGCUAGCUGCAGAAUCAACUUCCUUGGAGCAGAGUUGCCGAUUUUAUAUGGCAUUUUAUAGUAUUUGUUAAGGUACAGGAUUGAAGAAAAAUGACUGCUUUCUUGUAAAAGGACCGAGGUGUAAGGAAACUAUUUGUGUCCAAUCAACAAGCAAGCAAUGUAUUUUAUAGUUCCAUACAUUAUUUUGUUGGUACUUCUUUUGGCUGAACGAAAUGUAAGUAUUAUGGAAUUGUUAUCUUUUCUU